UUGAGAAUUACUUUUAAAAUUUUUUUUUGUAUAUUUUUUUAUAACAAAGAACUUAACAAUGGCAUAUUGUGCACCUACGAUACGUGGUCUUAUAGACCUAGCUAUAGGAACACCAGAUCCAGGACAUGUUAAUUUUAUAGCACUUCAUUGCGUACUGACUGCUUUAGCAGAGCGCCUCAAUAUAGCCGAUGAACCAGUGGAUGAGAAGUUUUCAUCGACAUAUUCAGUGUUCCAACAAGCUUUUAGUGAUUUCUAUUCCGAUAGUAGUGCACGAACUAAAGGUGGAGGUGCAAGUACAGAUAUUGAGGGUGAAGAAAACCUUACAGGAGCAUCAGAUAAAACUGAUAAAGCGAAUACUCCCGCUCCAGCCUCAGAAGCUGCAGAAGCAGCACCCACAGCACCUACAGCGCCUGCAGCGCCUGCAGAACCCACAGCACCUCCAGCACCUCCACCACCUCCAGCAGCAGAAACACCGGCAACUGAAAAAACAUCAGAACCUGGAACAGCGGAUGUAUCAGAAAAAGCCGCACCAGAAUCAGCAGAUGAAAGCAAACCAGUCGAAGAUGCUACAAAACCAGCCGAUCAACCAACAGAGCAAGAUGAAACUGCAAAACCCGCUGAACCAACUGAAGAAGCUGCGGCUGCGGCCGCGGCCGCGGCUACGGUUGCACCAACUGAACAAGAGCCAACAGCAAAGCCAGAUGCUAAACCAGCUGACGCGCGUGAUGAUUUAGAGCUAAGUGACGAAACUAUUUCAACCAACCUACAAGAUGAAACAGAAGCAAGUCUUUCCCAAGAAGGUGAAUUCUCUGGGGAUGAUGAUGAUGAAUCUAUUCGUUCCUCAUACUCACAACACCUUGACACAGAAUCUUAUAUCGAUGAAGAUAUAUCAGGAGAAUUUUCUGAGACCGGAUCAAUGGUAUUUCAAAUGCCUCAGCCUUUUCAAUUUCUCGAUCGCGAUUUCAUCAAAAUAUACACAAAUAUAAUAUCAAUGAGAAAUCAAACUGAAAUAAUUGCUGAUUUAAUCAAAUUAUUGUUCACAAUUGGCAUAAAGCGAGUACAAAGCCCACUUCUUAUCAAGGAGUUUAAGGUGGUAUACAGGAAGCUACGUAAGGCACUAAGAGACAGUGCUCUGGUAGAGAAAAGUCAGGAGUAUGGCGGUCUGAAGCCAGGCAUGGAUAUACAUGAGGACUACGAAGAUGCCGACUAUGCCAGCAGUUCAUUAGUUUCGAGGGGAUCAAGUGAUGAGGACUCCGACGAAAUAGACUUCUUUGAUCCAACGACACUAACUCCCGAAAGAUUUGCCGAGCAGUGGUAUAAAAUGAAAACAAAUAUAUGUAAUCUAACCAACAAAGUGAAUACACUCUCCGCACUUUUUCUUAAAUUUGAGAAGGAACGACCAGAAAUUUUAGUCAGGGAAUUGAUUGUCGAAAUGACUGAAAUCAAAACAAAAGUAAACGAUAUGAUCAAUUUGCAAGUCGAAACAAAUAUUAAAAUGAUUGAGGAAUACACCACAAUGCAUAAUAUUGUGAUUGAAAUGCGUGCAUUGCUGGAUAAAAAAGUCGAUAAAGAUGAGUUCAUAAUAUUAAUGGCCGAGAAAGUGAACUACGAUCAAUUGAAACGUAAGGUCUCCACUGACACUAUGUUAGAAAUGCGUUGUUGCAUUGAGAAAAGACUAAACGAACUGAAUAAUCUCAUAACUACCAAGGAACUUAACAUUAUGCAUAGAAUGGACUUGAUGCAGGAGGAUCUUGGCCUGCGGGCAGUAGAGAAAAUACUAGAUGAAUUUAAGACUUAUGUCAAUGAACAAAUCGAGGACGUUAAGAAAAUUAUCAGAGAGUAUCUUGAAUCGACUAAUGAAGAAUGUGCCGCUGCAGGCGGACGCUUCAAAGUACUACAAGGCCUGGCGUGUGUUUCUUGUGACACACCGUGUGUUAUGCGUUCAAUGGAACAUAAAGUUGGAAAAAUGCCAUUUAUGCAUGCAAAGAAAACCGCGGCGCCACUCAUCUCCUAUGAACUUAGUAAUAUACGCAGAGCUGGUAUUCCUAAUAAUUUCAAUGAUGGCACCGCCGCAACAGCAUGGUUGCUACGCGAAACAGAACCACGAACGGCGCAAUGCUACAGACGAGCCGGUGGACCGAUAACUGUGACUUCAAUUAAGGAACGUAUUGAGAAAGUUUUACAUGCUCCAAAAAUUGAAGAUUGUGACUAAUUAAAGUAAGAUUAAUUAUUUAUUUUUUAAUGGGCAUUAGGUCUAUUUUUAGGUC